AUGGUGGGGGAACAGAACCUGUACCACUCAGAGGGGCUGUUGACGCACCUCUCAAAGUUCAUGCUGCCAUAUGCGGGACUGUGGAGUGGCAUUAUGCUGGGGGAUCUUGGCAGACACGGACAGGGGCAGGGUUAUACAGACGCCUCAAAACGCCAUACAAAACUGACCAAUUUGCAAAGACAAAACAUCACCAUGGCCAACCACACACAGGGGAUCAUGGAGAAGAGUCAGUGGGACCUGAAACAUCUGAGGUUCCAGUCGCGCACCUAUAGCCAGCUAGAUGAUGUGGUCCUGCAGUAUCAGGCUCUUCAUAAAUCUCUGUUACGAGAGUACAGAGAUACUGCAAGAGUCUUCAAUAUGAAGCAAAAGGCCCAACCGUCAUCCCCAGGCUCCACGUCUACAAAGAAAUCACAGAAAUCCCAGCUUCCCAGCAUCUAUGUCCACAGCCCUGCCUGCUCAGUCCGGCAGCUCGCCCAUGACCCCAUCUACAUCUCGCCGGGCCCCCGCAUCAUCAAGAAGCCCAUCUGUCUCUACAGUCUGUGGGAACAGCCACCAGUUGACAUUGUGGUGGCUUUGAUUCGUGCCCAGCACAGAGGAGACACCAUAGCCCUCCACCACAGUGCUAUAUGCACACUAAAACCACAUGACUGGCUCAAUGGGGAGAUUCUUGAAGCCCUCUUACACCUGUUUGUGCGGCACAGUGGAAAAAAGGUGUAUGUGCUCAGUCACUACACAGCAGGUGUAAUUGUGCAUGGCGAGAGAAGGCUACUGGGCAACGUCGCCUUGCCAAGGGUGAACUUUGAGGAGUAUGAUGGUGUCAUUGCGUGUGUCAAUGUGAACAAUACACACUGGACCUUGCUGUAUGUCAAUGCUGUGACCGCCACCAUCUACUUGUUGGACCCCUUGGACAAGCCCACUGCCAAGUCAGAUUCAAUGGCUGCUGCCAAGAGGUUCAGGUGCGUGUGCCUUAUUUAG